CUCUUGCAGCACUCAAGUGCUGCCAAGCGACAACAAAAUAUCCACAAAUGGAGCUGUCAAUCAUCUCGACACUAGCCUCAGUAAGACAAAAUCCCGCUCGGACAAAACAAAGUCCCAGUGGCCACUCUGUGAGACGGUACUUAUCAACUUCCAACAUGAGACUUCUGAUAUCAGACAAGGACAAGAAGUUCGUUCUAUGCAGGGAGGAAGACUUUCUACGCAGGGCCACAGAUUUUCUCAACCAGUCACAAGCUGUCAUCUUACCGGAAGACCCAACACCAGCCGUAUUAAGAAAAACAAAGAAAAUAAUUACUCUCCCAGGGGUUACUUCGGUUCUUUCAGGACGCUUGGACCCCCCAUCCAACGUCGCUUGUCCCAGACUUUUCUUUGAAGCAAAAACACACAAAGAGAGCUGGCUGUUAAGGCCUUUAGUCAAUAAGCGGUCCCACCCUACAUACUUCCUUGAAAAAGCGCUUGCUAGAUUGCUAGGUGGGCUACUUCCUUCCUCCUCCCAAGUAGUGUCCUCAUCUGUCACUGCUAAAGAGAGGUUAUGCGCUACGCUGGCUGGCUUGAAUCCAGAUACUUACACAUUUUAUAAAAUGGAUGUGGUUGCAUUGUACCCUUUGGUAUUGCACUUUGAAGCGGUGAUGCUAGCUAAUACCUUACUUAUCGAAGAGGGCUUUACUGCACAGCAAGUUCUAGAGGUUCGCGAAGCAUUACUCUUUAUUACGGAGCACAAUUACUUCCGCUGUAAUGGAAAGAUUUACCUGCAGAAGCAGGGGAUGCCAAUGGGCUCACCACUGUCAGCUGUAUUGGCAGAACUCAUCAUGCGGUGCGUUGAACACAGUGUUUUUAAAUUCCCUCUCACCAUAGCUUACCCCUUAAUUUAUUUAAGAUACGUAGAUGAUAUUCUUUUGGUGUGGCAGGAUACAGAAGACUCCUUUCGGGUAUUAGAACACCACUUAUCAAAAAUGUAUGUUACUAUACACUUCAUGUGGGAGAAGGAAGUUGGGAGAAAAAUUGCUUUCUUGGACUUGCACAUUCAAAAAUCCCAGGAAGGCUUGAAGUUUUCCGUCUAUCACAAAUUUGGCAAUAUCCCACCCAUAAUACCGGCCACAGCCUGUCAGCCACAGCAAUAUGUUAAUGCAGCCAUAGCUCCCUUGAUCAGACGGGCAUUCUUACUACCAUCGACACAACAUCUUAUCAAUACCGAACUGGAAGCUGUUUGCACAGCGGUGUAUGCGGCGGGAUUUAGUGCCUCCAAAUACAUCCAUGUUAAAAAUAGAGUUAUGCAGUCUCUCUUCCCUGCCACCACAUUGCGCAGACCAAGGGAUUGGACAACGCUCCGUCCCUCACUCCCAUACUGUGGACGCUUCACGGCCCAGAUCUUUAGGCAGAAUCGCUUUCGUUUACCUAUUGCCCCACGACCAUGUCUGCGACGAAUCUUAUGUAAUGAUAGAGAUGCUAUUUCCACCCUGGAAAAAUCUGGUGUAUACUCCGUUCCCCUGCAGAAUCCAAUAUCAGGACUAUGCACCAAUUAUAUAGGAGCGACUACCAGAAUGCUGGCUGCCCGCAUAUCUGAACACCAACGUUCGGUGGCACUUGGCAAUUGCAACACGGAACUUUCCAAAUUGGUGAUACAACAACAUCACAUAGCGCUUUGGAAUCGGGUGGAAAUACUCAAACGCUGUGAUGAAGGGAGCUUGGUAUAUAUUUGGGAGGCCAUCCUCACAAAACUGCUCUCCCCGUGCAACUCCCCCACCCUCGACUUACCGGACGUCUGGAUUAAUAUAUACAGGCAGUUAAAAAAUCAACAAUAAUCUUACAUUCUUUUCCCGCACCUCC